AUGCCACACAUCGAGUCGCCCUCUGGUUCCGCCGUCAUGCCUACUGUUGUCGCGAAGGGCCCCUCUGGGGUUCCCCCUACCACCGAAGAGAUUUCUUCCGUUCUCAACUCUAUUUUCAACGCAGAGACUUCCCAACAGUCUCUUGAUGGCUCUUAUGCCUUGGCCAACCUGAUUAUUCAGGGCGCCGGCUGCGCUGGUCUCCUGAACUAUAAUGUUCUGGCUGAUGUCAAGAAAGCCGCCACCGAUAAGAAGAACGGAGCUCGCCGCGAGAGUGCCAUGUUGAUCAUCGGCGCUCUAUUCGAGCGUUUCCCUCGCGAAUACCCUCUCAGUGAGGUUGUCUUUCUCCUGAACAACGGUGGUAUUCUUGAUGUGGUCCUGGAUUCUCUUGCCGACAAAGGCGCCGUUGUGCGCGAUGCUGCCCAAUACGCCGUCGACGCUCUGUUCGGUUGCCUGAGCCCUGAGGCUAUGGUGAACGGUCUUCUGCCGUGCCUGGAGUCCUAUCUCAGCAAGGGCUCCGGUAAGUGGCAGGGAUUCGUUGGUGGUUAUGCCCUUCUUGGUAAGAUGGCUGCGAAGGCGCAGAUGGGCACCGGUGCUAUUGAGGAAGAGCGCGAGAAGGACGUCCUGCGCGAGGCCAUGGGCAAGACUCUGAAGGAGUUGAUCCCCAUCGUCGAGUCUGGCAUGCACGACCUGAAGAGCGAAGUUGUGAAGCAGGCCACCAAGACCAUGAACGCCCUCACCACUCUUCUCGAUAACGACGACGUUGCUCCCCGCAUCCCGCUCUUGAUCAAGACCAUGGAGCAGCCCUCGGCCCAAACUCUUCAGAAGGCUAUUCACGCUCUCUCGCAGACCACUUUCGUCGCUAUUGUCACCUCCCCCGUCCUCGCACUCCUGACCCCUCUGCUCGAGCGUUCUCUCAACACCCCGGCUACCCCCCAAGAAACUCUCCGCCAGACCGUUGUUGUCGUGGAGAACCUGACCAAGCUGGUCCACGACCCCGCCGAGGCCCGUACUUUCCUUCCCAAACUCCAACCGGGUGUGAAGGGCGUCAAGGAUCGUGCCUCUCUUCCUGAGGUCCGUGAGUUGGCCACUCGGGCACUCGAUGUCAUGGAGAAGGCCAUGGCCGACAAGGACGUUGCCAUGGGUAGUAUCUCGAAGACUACUGUCGAUGAUGUUCUCGGUGUUCUGAACCCCAAGUUCCAGGAGCACGGUGGCCUCACUGGCUUCGGCGAUGCCAAGUUCCUCGACCUGGCUAAGAACUUCAUUGCUGGCAUGAUCCGCGAGGAUGUCAACUGUCGCAUGCACGACCGGAUUCCUUCCUCCCUUGGCCCGUACUUGCGUGGCCUUCUUGCGGAUGACCAGAUAGAGCCUCUUGUCACUGCCGUUCAGGCCCACUAUGUCGCUGAGGAUGAGCGUAUCUAUGGCAAGCCUGUUCAGACCAACCCCAACGAGAUUGUCAUUGUCAAUGCCAACUUCUCUCUCGCAUACGGAGGUAUGCUCCUCCUGUCUCACACCAACCUGCGUCUGGUCAAGGGUCACCGUUACGGUCUCUGCGGCCGCAACGGUGCCGGAAAGUCGACCCUCAUGCGCAGUAUCGCCAAUGACAAGCUGGAGGGCUUCCCCCCGCCUGAUGAGGUCCGCACUUGCUUCGUGGAGCACAACCAGGGUGAGGAUGCCGACCUCAGCAUUCUGGCCUAUGUCUCCAAAGACCCGCAGAUCGCCACCCAGGGCGAAGAGCACAUCAAGGAGGUUCUUCUGGAGUUCGGUUUCACCGACGGCCCCGAGGGUCGCCAGUCCCAGCCCGUCGGUUCCCUGUCUGGUGGUUGGAAGAUGAAGCUCGCUCUGGCCCGUGCCAUGCUCAUGAAGGCGGACGUCCUGCUACUGGACGAACCGACUAACCACUUGGAUGUUGCCAACGUCAAAUGGCUACAGGAGUACCUGAAGAAGCACACCGACAUCACCAGUUUGAUUGUUUCUCACGACUCCGGCUUCCUCGACGAGGUCUGCACCGACAUCUACCACUACGAGCAGAAGAAACUUGUCUGCUACCCUGGUAAUCUUGCCGAUUUCGUCAAGGUCAAGCCCGAGGGCAAGAGCUACUACACCCUCUCGGCAUCCAACGUGCAGUUCAAGUUCCCCCCUCCCGGUAUCCUGUCUGGUAUCAAGUCCAACACUCGCGCUAUUCUACGUAUGAGCAACUGCACGUACACCUACCCCGGUGCUCCCAAGCCAUCUCUCCAGGAUGCCUCCCUUUCUCUUUCCCUUUCCUCCCGUGUGGCCAUCAUCGGUGGAAACGGUGCUGGCAAGUCCACCUUCAUCAAGAUGUUGACCGGUGAGACCAUUCCCCAGGGCGGCAAGGUCGAGAAGCACCCCAACCUGCGUAUCGGUUACAUCAAGCAGCACGCCCUUGAGCACGUUGAGAUGCAUCUCGAGAAGACUCCCAGCCAGUACCUGCAGUGGCGUUAUGCCAACGGUGACGACCGUGAGGUCUUCCUCAAGCAGACCCGUAUCCUGACCGAGGCCGACAAGGCGCAGCUGGAGAAGCCCGUGGAUCUAGGAGAUGGCCGUGGCGGACGCCGCAUCGAGGCUCUGAUCGGUCGUCAAAAGUGGAAGAAGUCCUUCCAGUAUGAGGUCAAGUGGUAUGGCCUGCUCCCCAAGCACAACACCAUGAUCUCUCGUGAGACCCUGUGCGAGUUGGGCUUUUUCAAGAUGGUCCAGGAGUUCGACGAUCACGAGGCUUCGCGUGAAGGUCUGGGCUUCCGUGUCUUGGAGCCCAAGAUCAUCUCCAAGCACUUCGAGGACAUCGGUCUCGACCCCGAGAUCGCCAACCACAAUGAGAUCUCCGGUCUGUCCGGUGGUCAGAAGGUCAAGGUCGUGCUGGCCGGUGCGAUGUGGAACAACCCCCACUUGCUGGUGCUUGACGAGCCGACUAACUUCUUGGAUCGUGACUCACUUGGCGGUCUGGCUGUUGCCAUCCGUGACUUCAAGGGUGGUGUUGUUAUGAUUUCUCACAAUGAGGAGUUCGUGGGCGCUCUCUGCCCCGAGCAGCUGCACAUCGCCGACGGCCGUGUUGUCAGCCGCACCAACAACGCCGUCAGCCUGGACCGCUUCGAGGACAGCGCCACCAAAUCGCCCUCUGGCGCCGGUACCCCGUCCGUCGCUUCGGCUAACACCAGCGCUGCUCCUUCAGCGGUCAACUCUGGCGAUGAGGAAGGCGAGCUCAAGUUCCGCGCCAAGAAGAAGAAGAAGAUGACCCGUGCUCAGCAAAAAGAUCGCGAGGCUCGCCGUCGUUUGCGUCACAUUGAAUGGCUCAACUCCCCCAAGGGAACUCCCAAGCCCGUUGAUACCGAUGACGAAGAGUAAUUUGCUUGCAGAGCAAUUUGAUGCGUAAUGGUCUUUACUGAUGAUAUUUUCGUUGCAUGAGAACCUUUGUCAUUUGUUGCUUGCAUGGGACCUAGAUAGACGGCGUUCGGGUUUGUUU